AUGCUGAGCCCCUGCCUCGCCCUCCUCCUGCUCAGGCUCCUCAGGCUCCUCCUCAGGCCCCCGGGACGGGAAGGGCUCUCCCUCCUCGGGCUCCUCGGGCUGCUGGCGGCCACCCUCGGGGCUCCCCGCCUCCCCGAGGCUCCCGGGCGCUGCGGCGGCGGAGGGGGGGCCUGGUCCUCGGCGUCGUCGUCGCGGGGCUGCCUUCCCCUUCGGGGCCGGAGGGAUGCCGGAGGGCGCGGCGGGGUCUAUGAGCAUCUCGGCGGAGCCCCCCGACGGCGGAAGCUCUACUGCGCCACCAAGUACCACCUCCAGAUCCACGGCAACGGGAAGGUCAACGGCACCCUGGAGAAGAACAGCGUCUUCAGUAUUCUAGAGAUAACAGCAGUGGACGUCGGGAUUGUUGCUAUCAAAGGCUGUUUCUCUGGCAGAUACCUGGCCAUGAACAAAAGAGGCAGACUUUAUGCUUCAGAAACAUACAGUUCAGAGUGUGAGUUUGUGGAAAGGAUCCAUGAGCUGGGCUACAAUACAUAUGCCUCCCGCUUGUAUCGGACUGUGCCUAGUGGAACCAGCAGCAAACGCAAAGCUAGUGCUGAGAGACUCUGGUAUGUCUCCAUCAAUGGGAAAGGACGACCCAGAAGGAGUUUCAAAACCCGUAGGACCCAGAAAUCCUCUCUGUUUUUGCCUCGGGUGUUGGAUAAUAAAGACCAUGAUAUGGUCCGACUAUUCCAUUCAAAUACAAAGUACAGAGAAGACCUACUAAAGCCUCCAAAUAAGAACCAGAGGAGAAGAAGGGAACACUAG